UUGGUAAUUGUAUUAAUAAAACUGAUCCACUAAACCACACGGUAUCAUGGCUGUGAUGAUCAGCUCUUACAAGUGACAAUUACGAAGGAAGUUCUUGCUUCAUUAUCGGGUUUUGUUUGAGAAAUUGAGACGAAGUUUAGUUUCUCUGCCGAUAUAGCAAGCUAGCUCGUUAGCUACGGAACUACACACGAACUGCCAUGGAGCCCAAGCACAAAGAGUUACUACACCAGUACCACCAGAACAUACUGGAGUCCAUCACCGAUCCUGACCAGUUGAUAGAGUUAUUGAGUAAAUCAGGGACCCUCAGCCAGCAGGAGAAGCAGGACUUGGACCAAAACUGUACCUCCGGCGCGGAGAAAGUGGAGCAGCUUUUGAAGACACUGAUGAACAAGGAAAGCGACCAUUUCCUUGACCUGUGUGUGGCUUUGGAGAAGACCUAUCCUCACCUGUACACUGAGCUCUUUACCAACGGUGCAGGACCUGUAGACCACAUAUCUGGAUCCACUUACAGUGUCCUGUCCACCAUGCCAUCGGACUCUGAAAGCAGCAGUUCUCUCAGCAGUGUGGGUGCGUCCGAUAAAGCCUCAUCUCCGCCGCCCGCUCUGAACGACAGCCGGCCGGCCGCGGACAGCCUGGACACCGUCGUCUUCCAGCUCAGGCAGGUGACCAGGGAAAGGGACGAACUCCGCAAGCGUCUCGCUCUCACCUCACCUGGAAGCACCUUCGACGACUCCAGGCCGAAUUCCAAAGCCAGUCAUGAUUAUGAGCGUCUGAAAAGUCAGUGUAUGAAAGCCAUGGCAGACCUCCAGUCUCUACAGAAUCAGCACACCAAGACCCUGAAGAGGUGUGAGGAGGCAGUGAAAGAGGCAGAUUUUUACCACGUGUUACACAGUCGUCUGCUUAGCGACCAGUCUCAGCUGAAGGAGGAGAUGGAGCUGUUGAGGAGAGAGAACUCAAAGCUAGUGCGGGAGCACAACCACCUGAAACAGAGCUGUGAGGAGCUGAAGAGGCUCCGCUCGGAGGACCAGAAGGAGGUGGCUGACAUGAGACUACAACAACAACAGGUGAUAAGAGAGAACGGCUCGUCGGAGAUACUGAAUAAACUCUACGACUCGGCCAUGGACAAAGUGGAGGCGACGAAGAAAGAGUACGACGCUUUGAGCAAACGAUACAGCGAAAAAGUCGCCAGUCACAACACGGACCUGAGUCGACUGGAGCAGACGGAGGAGGAGAAUCGGCGACUGCAGAAACAGAUGGACGCUCUUAUGAAACAACGAGACACAGCCAUGCACUACCAGCAACAGUACUCCUCAUCGGUCCGAAGGUUUGACUCUGUUCAGCAGGAACUGAAUAAAGCAUGUUCUCAGAAUAAAGAGCUGCAGAGAGAGAUGGAAAAGUUGCAGUCUGAGGUCAUGCGUUACAAAAACCUCCAGCUGAAGGCAGUGAAAGAUGCAGAGAAAUACAAAGAGGAGAGAGAUUCGGUGUUUAACGAGUACAGACUGAUCAUGAGCGAGAGAGACCAGGUCAUUAAAGAGGUGGAUAAACUCCAAACGGAAUUGGAGGCAGCGGAGGCCAGGCUGAAAAACACCUCGUCAGAGAGAAUGGUCGCCAGUGAGGAGCUGGAGGCCCUCCGUCAGGAGCUGAACUCGUCUCUGGUAGACCGGGACCGGGCCAUCUGCGAGCGGAACGAGCUGUUGGAGAAGUACUGUCACGAGGUGAAGGACAAAGCUGAGGCCCAGAAGGAGCUCAGUCAGGCCUGUAAAGACAUCGAGAUGGUACGAGAGGAGAGAGACGUCGCCCGCAAAGAGAGAACAGAGGCCAUCAUUCAGAGGGAUCAGUUACUGAGGGAGUACUACCAGGCCCGACAGAAGCAGGACUGUGCCGCGUUGGACAUGGAGCGUGUGAAUAAGGAGGUGGAGGUGUUGAGGAAACAGUACGAGGCAGUGUCUCAGGAGCUGAAGGAGGCUCUGCAGGAGGCUGAGGUGGCAAAGUGUCGGCGAGACUGGGCCUUCCAGGAGAGAGACAAGAUUGUCGCAGAGAGAGAAAGCAUACGGACACUGUGUGACAACUUGCGGAGGGAGCGGGAUCGGGCAGUCAGCGAUCUGGCAGACGCCCUACGUAACCUUGACGAUAUGAGGAAACAGAAAAAUGACGCCUUACGGGAACUGAAGGAGCUAAAAGAGAAAAUGGACUACCAGUUGGACAGCGAGGCACGGUUCUGCCAGCUGAUGACUCACAGCAGCCAUGACUCUGCCAUCGACACUGACUCACUGGAAUGGGAGACUGAGGUGGUGGAGUUUGAGAAGGAUAGGGACGAUAUGGAUCUGAAAGCCCUGGGGUUCGACAUAGCUGAGGGGGUAAAUGAUCCAUACUUGCCAGGAGAGUGUGGGAUCUUUGUGACUCGGGUGGACAAAGGAAGCAUCGCUGAUGGAAGAUUAAGAGUGAAUGAUUGGCUGUUGAAAGUGAAUGACGUGGACCUGACUAACAAAGACAGGAAGCAGGUUAUCAAAGCUGUGCUUAACGGAGGAGGGAUGAUCAAUAUGGUAGUGAGGCGAAGAAAGUCUUUAUGGGGAAGACUAGUAACUCCAGUCCACAUCAAUCUCGUCGGACACAAAGAUAGCGGUAUAAGCCUGGAGGGAGGCGUGUACGUGACUGCCGUUGUACCUGGGAGUCCUGCGGCCAGAGAGGGCACUUUAACAGUAGGAGAUCGUCUCAUUGCUAUAAACGGCAUCGCUCUAGAUAACAAGUCGGUGUCUGAAUGUGAGUCACUGCUAAGGAGCUGCCGAGACUCCCUCAAUCUCUCGCUUAUGAAGUUCUUCCCACAGAGUAGUUCAGGUCAGAAUAUCUUCGAGAGCCUGCGGGAGGUGGAGAAGGCCAAUGGCAGGCCGCUGCUGUCCGAAGUCUACACCCGCAACAGCCGCAACCUGAAGCACAACAGCUCCACCCAGACGGACAUUUACAGCACAGAUGCUGGUGGAGGGCUUGGAAUAGGAAUGGGGGACAGGAGGAAGCCAAGGGUGGAGUCUGAAGAUGGAAGUUAUUCUGAAAGAAGACCCUGUCCCUCUGCCUCAACCCUGAGACCUGCGUCUGAACUUGGCCCCGCCCGAUACAGCGGCAGUGCCUUCCAAGAGUUCUGCUACGUCCGACCCGAUGCGGCCACGCCCGACUGCGUCUCCAUGGAGACAGCAUCAGAAAAGAAGCACAGCGGAGGCACCUGGCCCAAAAUGGUUGUGGGCGUUUCCGGGACGACGGACAGCCCCUUGCAGUUGUCUAUCUACAAGUCGCCCAAGCAGAGGAAGUCCAUCUUCGAGGCUGACGCCUUCAAACGCCCAGACACGCCCUCUAAAAUGGAAUACCUGUCUGGCCACUCUCCCCAACCCCCACCCAAAACAGACUCCACCCAGGCUCCGCCGGCGCCACCCACUCGUAGCGAUUCAUUCAAAUUCAAGCACAAACACCAGGGAAGCUCCGCGUCCGACUCCACUAUCACGGCCACAGUGGUGGACACGAAGCCCGAGGAAAGGAACGGAGGUGUGUGUUUCCCGGAGGGAAAAACACUUGCGUCUAGGAAAUCCUGUGAGGAGGACAUUGGUCGCGUAAGGGGUGAGGAGCCAGAGGUGAAGAGGCCACGACCCAAAUCUGCCCCUGCCCUCCGACGCAGGAUGACCCCCCAAAACAUACCACUACAGAGCUUUCAGAGCUAUUCUAAUGAUGAGCAGUCUGUGGAGCAGCGUGAGAUUCUGCGUUCAUCUACCAACCGACUUCAUAGGCACAGCGUGGGUUUCGUACCUACUGUGUAUAAUGGAACAUUGCUGCCCAACUCUGUGCAUCGCACCCUGGCCCCGUGCCCAGCGGUCACUGCAGUCAUGUGGAAUCCGGUUUACACUGUACGCAGCCAAAGAGUCACUAAUAACAACUGUCCCUCUGUGGCCAGUCAGAUCUGCCAACAACAAACACACACCAGUCCUCAGCACCAGGCCCGUCUGAGUUUGGAUCUCAGUCAGAAGCGGUCCGGAGAAUGCACAGAGUCCUCAAACAGCAGCCGCGCUUCUCACUGCUCGUGCAAUAGUGUGCAGUAUCGUACAGAGAGGAUUAAGAUCCCUUCCACCCCACGAUACCCUCGCUCUGUCAUGGGCUCUGAUAGAGGUAGUCUUUCUGUCUCAGAGUGUAGCAGUCCUAGUCUGAUAACUCCUCCCCUUUCUCCGCUGAACGUGGAGACCUCCUCCUUCUCCUCCGGCCAGUCCCAGAGCUCCAUCUCCACGUUGCCCCGAAUCUCCAUCAGCCCUGUUCCCACGGGUGACCGCCGGAAAGACAGAUCUCAGUAUUGUAACAGAUCUUAUCUGAGAAUCCCUCUGGCUGCAAGGCCGCGAUUCUCUUCUCUCAGGAGCCUGAGGCCGUAUCUAGAGGAGCCCCGAAACGUUAUCGUGCAAAAAGGAGCCGAGCCUUUGGGCAUCUCCAUUGUCAGCGGAGAGAAUGGAGGGAUUUUUGUUUCCAAGGUGACGAGCGGCAGCAUCGCUCAGCAGGCUGGACUGGAGUACGGAGACCAGCUACUGGAGUAUAACGGUAUAAACCUGAGGAAUGCCACAGAGCAGCAGGCUCGACUCAUCAUUGGUCAGCAGUGUGACACCAUCACCAUUAUGGCCCAGUAUAACCCACAUAUGUACCAACUGGGGAACCACUCCCGUUCCAGUUCUCGUUUAGAGCCCAUCAGCACACAGUCUACGCCUCAAGGCAGCGGAACCACAACCCCAGAUAAUCACUCGGCUAUCGACACGCUCAGCGAACAGGACGAAGGCACACUAACACCCUCUUCCAAACACACUACUCCUACAACCAGCCCUCAUAGCUUCAUCAGAGUGUCAUCUGAGCCCAACAGGAAGGUUCCAGAGGUACGCCUGGUGACUGUGAGGAGAGGCCAGGGUGACCUGGGCGUGCACAUUCGGGGGGGAAACGUCAGAGGCGUGUUUGUAGAGAGCCUUGAAGAGGAUAGCCCAGCUGAAGGUCUACUGCCUGGAGACCUCAUCCUAGAGUAUGGCUCUGUGAGCAUGAAAAAUAAAACGGCAGAGGAAGUUUACGUAGAGAUGCUGAAACCAGCCGAGGUGGUGACUUUCAAAGUCCAAAAUCGUGCGGAGGAGUUUAACGCACUCAAGGAUUCUCCUGCAGACAGUUUCUACAUCAGAGCACUCUAUGAUCGUGUGGGUGAGUCAGAACUGGAUCUGUCCUUUAAAAAAGAUGACAUACUGUAUGUUGAUGACACUCUACCGAAGGGAAACUUUGGCACCUGGAUGGCCUGGCAGCUCGAUGAGAAUGCACAAAAGAUCCAGAGAGGGCAAAUUCCCAGCAAGUACAUGAUGGAUCAGGAGUUCUACCGCAGGCUGAGUGUGACAGACGGAAAAGAUGAGAGCGGUUCGGGAAAGACUCUCUCAGCUGCCGCGCGCCGAUCCUUCUUCCGCCGGAAACAGAAACACAAACGCAGCAGCUCUAAAGACGGAAGAGACGCCCUGGCUCCAGACGCGGUCAGCACAGACUCCAUCCCGCUUUUAGAAGACUGUGUGAGUCUAGCUUAUCAGAGAGUUCAGAAAAUUGAAUGCACAUCCCCUCGGCCAGUCCUGAUCCUGGGGCCCCUGGUAGACCCAGUCAAAGACAUGCUGGUCAAAGAGAACCCUGGAAAAUUCUCCAGAUGUGUACCUGAGGUGAUGAAGGCUUCUCAGCAGGCCAUAGAGCGAGGGGUUAAAGACUGCCUCUUUAUCGACUACAAACGCAGGAGUGGCCAUUUUGACGUCACUACCGUGGCUUCCAUUAAAGAGAUUACAGAGAAGGACAGCCACUGUUUGCUGGAUAUCGCUCCGCACGCCAUCGAGCGUCUACACAACGUUCACAUUUACCCCAUUGUCAUUUUCAUACGCUACAAAAACGCCAAACUUAUCAAAGAGCUAAAGGAUCCUGUGUAUUUACGAGAUAAACUCUCACAGAAGCAUUCCAAGGAGCAGUUUGAACAGGCCCAGAAAAUUGAGCAGGAGUAUAGCAAAUUCUUCACAGGUAUUGUCCAGGGUGGAACUCUGGCCUACGUUUGCACUCAGAUCAUGACGAUUGUCGAUCAAGAGCAGAGUAAAGUUCUUUGGACGCCUUUUGGUUCUGUUUGAAGUGAGAGCUCACUGUCUCUCAACUAAAAACACUAAAAACAUUAUACACUCCUUUUACAUAUUCCCAAAUGACACUAAAAAAAAGAAGUCACUUUCAUAUUUUUUUUUUCCUCGAGAAAGUAAUUUCAUUAUGUGGUUCGUGGUAACAGAACCUCCUUGUGUGUGUGUUUUUGUGUGUGUGUGUGUGUGUUUUUGUGUGUGUGUGUGUGUGUGUGUGUGUGUGUAUGCUGCAUGUGCAAGAUAUGAGCACUGAAGUGUUGUGUUUCCUUCCAGUCUUCCUGAUCGAUGUCUAAUGUUUAAUGCUGCAUUUAAAACUCUGGUUGAAACACAAAUCAUGUCAGUGAGACAUUGCUGUUUUGUUAUGUGUUUGAUGAUGUCUAUUUUCCAUUUAUAUGUCUGAUUCCUAAAAGAAAUCAACCCCUGCCCCUCCUUUCACCAAAAUGCCAGAUGUGUGUAUGUAUGUGU